CUUAUAAUAACAUUAAAGCCAAUAUGGCCGCUGUGUAGACUAUCGAUUUGGAUAAGGAACUGGAAAUAAAUUAUAGCGUAAUUCGACUUUCGUGCAUACUUUCAGCUUGUCGUAGGAUGGUGGAGUAGGUGUGGAGGAGACCCUGGCUGCUGAAACUUGAACCUAGGACACACCCCCUUCUACCAGCCGCCGCCCACCAAUCAUGUUUUCCUUCAUGAGGGGGCGGGGCCUGCGGCUCCCCGGCUCCUCUUCAGCUAACACACAGGACAGUGCACUGGGACUGAUGCAUCUCAGGAAGCUCUAUGUGGAGCUGUGCUGCACAGCUCAGCCCCUAUCGCAGAAGGAGCAUGAGGAUAAGCUCUAUAUGAUGUUACCCCUAUUCUGCAAGGUGUUUGAAAACAGCCCUGCCAAUGAAAUGAUAGACAAAUUUGGAGAUGUCUUGCAGUUCUCCAAUCACAUCGCUCGUUUGUUCGUCACUGAAGUCAGACGAAGAGCAUCUGACCAAUCAACAGAGGCAGCAAGCUGUGCCAUCGCCAGCUACCUGGAGAUCCAGAACUCAGAGGAGGCUAGCAACGGCUGGAUGCUGCUCACCACCCUUAGUCUCCUAGCAACGGGAGGAGCUAGCAUCGUCAACACCAUGACGAUGGCUGCCCUGCCCUCCACGCUCGUCAAGUGUCUCUAUCUCUUCUUCGAUCUGCCCGAGAUACAGGUGCCCACGACGCCCACGCCGCCCGAGGGAGAGAACAAGGAGGCUGAGGUGAAGGACGGUUUGCUUGCACUGACGCCAUCCAAGAAACGAGACUUGCUUCACAGAACGAUGGUCCAGCUGCUGAGUCGAUUAUGCCACUUCACCCAGCCUGCGGAGGAGCUUGCCAAGAAGGAUGACCUGACUCUCCUGUUCAGUGCUAUCACCAGCUACUGUCCUCCCCACAACCUGCCCUGGAGGAAGGGGGCAGCAGAGGUCCUCACAACCAUCUCCAGACAUGGACUCACGCAGGAGGUGGUCGAAUAUAUCCAUAAUAAGAACUGCUUGGGACUGUGUGUGGACAACAUGCAAUGCAAUCAAGACCUCUCCCCGCUGGAGAUUGUGGAGAUGUGCUUUACUGUGUUCUGCUUCCUCAAAGAUUCCAGCGACAAGUCUCACGUUUUACUUGACGAUUUUAGAACGUGUCAGGGAUACAUGUUCCUCACAGACUUUGUGCUGAGACUUGAGGCUAUGUCAACGGAGGAGUCUCUGCAUUCCUUGAGGAACCUUGUCUUGCUCAUCUCAUCAUUGACAUCCUGUGGGUUCCAGGAGUUGAGACCUAGCUCCAUCGUCUACGAUGCACCAUUCCAGCAACCUGGCUUCAGCUUGCCUCAACCUACGGGCAAAGGUAACAGUGUGAGGAAUCUCCAAGCCUUUCAAGUCUUGCAGACUGUGUUCCUCAAGGCAACCACAGAAUCAUUAUGUCGCAUUGUUCUGGACGUUCUGACCUCGGUCUACAACUCGGACGUGGCUAACUACUUCAUCCUGGAGCCUCAGAACACCCUGUCACAAUUCAUUGACCGGUUGACCACCAAGACACCGAUGAUUCAGACCAAGAUCUUAGACCUGGUGGAGUUUGUUGUUUUUAAUCUCAACUUUGUCCCAUACAAGGAGCUCAUUAGUAUCAGCUUACUUAUCAAGGCUGGCAGUUCUGUAGAAUGCUGCAUCAAGUCUGUCAUCAGUCUGCUCAGGCUGGUCCGCCACAGUGCAAUCUACAAAGAUGUCUUCCGAGAGGUGGGGUUACUAGAGGUCAUGGUCACCUGUCUGCAUCGCUAUGCAACCCUCCUCAAAGACAACCAAUCAGAGAGCCACCACGGUUACACCUACAGUCCUAAAGCUGAAGUCCACAUUCCAGAAGAUCAACAGAAUCUAGCCUUCCUUGUGAUGGAGGCGUUCACACUUCUACUACAUGAUAACAAUGCCAAUGCAACUGUAUUCCGAGAGAGCGGAGGAGCACGCUGUGUUCACAACCUAGUGCCAUACAUCCAAUGCAGACAGCAAUCCUUAGCCAUCGUUCAGCAGCUUGUUCUCUCCAAGGAAGGCGAUGAUGACAUGGGGACGUUGCUAGGGGUGAUGCAAUCAUCAGAUAUCAGAGCCAUUACACUCAAGAUCGACAUCUUACAGUCCCUUGUGUAUGUGCUUCGGGAGAGCAGUAGAUCAAGGACGAUGUUCCGUAAAGUGGGUGGGUUCCUCAACCUGAUCUCAGUACUAGUGUCUGUGGAGGAAUGCUUACAGGAUCCUAUCAAAGAACCUUGGAAUGCAGUUCCCACGGACCAAAUAUUUGGGCUCAUUCAUGUAGUGUUUCAGGCACUGACAGCAGCAAUGAGACAAGAACCAGCUAAUGCCAAAUUCUUUGCCACAGAGAUCCAAUAUGAGAGAUUGACCAAUGCAGUACGGUCAUUAGGCUGUUUCUCCAAAGUGACCGAAUUGACCGCCUAUCCCGAAAAUGGGCGUUCGUCUUCAGAUUCAUCCGAAUCCUACUUCUGUGACCUUUUCAACAUUAAAGGAGACCUAAGUGCAAUACCUGUAUCCCUCCAUUCAGCGUGCAAACUUCUGCGUUGUAUCUAUGAUGUGGCCAUAGACGCGUAUGGGAGUAAAUCAGCAGAGAUGCCGAUUCACUCUCCUGCCAUCUGCCGUCACGUCCACGACGCGAUCACCCCUCUUCCUACCUCUCCUCCGUCCCCCCGGCAUCCCUUCUCCGCCCCCACCACGCCCUGCUCGGCAGUGUCACCGGUCCCUGGUCGCACCCCUAGGGGCUCGGUGGGGAGGCUGUCUGGUGUAGGGUGGGGUCAGGGUGCACCCAUGCCGACACACCCUACCAUCGUUCAUCCUGGUGCUGUACUAUCACUCAUGGAUCUGCUGCCCUCUAUUGAUUCUGAUUGCAUAGAGAAGAUCAUCCUAUCCCUUCAAACCCACCUGGGUGAUGUGAUCCAGGACCUGGUGAAGAGCGAACGUAACCAACAGAUCAUGUGUGAAGCGGGACUUCCUCAAAGACUGCUUCAGAUUGGCUCUGUGGCACUGUCCAAUGAAGGACAUCCCCUUCACAUGCCAUUGCAACACAUGCUGGAGAGACUGGCAUCACAGGCUCUGGAACCUAAGGACUUGAGGGAUUUCAUUCGUUUGGGGAACCCCCUGAACUGCAAUCCUCUAAAGGGGAAUGAAGACCAUGACUCCAACGACGAGAAUAGCCCCACCAAGUCCUGUGACUCACAGAUGUCCACCACCUCGAUCAGUCCUCAGACACCGAGCACAGGCAUUGCCACCAAUAGCAACAACCACCAUCAAGCGAGUGCUGCGGGAUCGGGCGCAACGGCCCAAGGGCAAGAAGUGCCACUGACCAGGGUCAAGUGCCUGGUGUCUAUGACCACCCCUAGGGAUGUGAGGCUGGCUACGAGUUCCCUGACGCCUGCAUUUGUGGAGUUUGACAUGAGUGCUGAAGGGUUCGGGUGCCUGUACCUACCCAGUAUGGCACCCCAGGUGUCACCGGCGCAGAGUGUGGUGUCGGUUGGAAUGGCAGGUGGAGGCGAUGGGACCAUCUCAAGUGGAAUAGGAUCAGGAGAGCGGUUGUUCCCACCCCAGUCUGGGAUGUCAUUCUGCGUGUGGUUCUGCGUGGAUCGCUACGGCACCUCCGAGACGGACAUGCAUCCCAUCCGACUCAUCACCAUUGUACGGAGUGUAGGGAGUGGUGAUAACCACCUAGCAUGCUUCAGUAUCGGCAUCACGGCUCAUGAUAGGAACCUUGUUAUCAGUACAGCUGAGGAACCUUUCCCAAAACCAGGGUCAGUGGAUGCAUCGGACAUCACAACCAAUCAUGCAUCAGUCGGUAUCAAGCUGUGGAUUCCAGAGCUAGCCCAGGAAGGUCUAUGGCAUCACCUGGCAGUGACGUUCAACAAGGCCGUCAUGAGGCACUGCUCAGCGACUGUCUAUGUGGAUGGUGCUCAGCUACCCAUCAAAAAGAUGCCAUACAUCCAGGUCAACCCCGGUGGCUCCACACCCAACCCAGCCGGCCUGACCUCCGUCUAUGCCUACGUGGGCACCCCGCCCUCUCUCAAGGCACCGUCUAGGUUGCUAUGGAGAUUAGGCCCCACCCACCUGUUUGAGGAGACCCUGCCACCUGUCACUGUGAUGGCUCUGUGUCAGCUGGGACCAACCUAUGUGGGUAGCUUCCAAGCACCAAGACAAGAAGAGUUAAGCCAAGCCAAAGUGGACCUGAAUGCUAUCGUUAUCCCAGAAGAGAAGAUCGUCUUUGGUCUCCAUGCCCAUGCUCUCUCUGUGCUCACCGUCUCAAAGAUAAGGAAGGCAUUCAACAAGGUGGACAGCAAAGCAGUUGCCAAACAGCUGACCCUGUCUGGUCAUGAUAAUGCCACGCCCAUCAGGAUAUUACAUAACUCAGCCGGUCACCUGACAGGACCAGGAAGAUCCUUUGGUGCAGUACUCAUGGGGGAAAUAGGUGUGAGGACAUUCUGUCCCAAGCCCGUCGCCAGAACUCUUGCCAACAUUGGAGGCUCCGCCCCUCUCCUGGGUCUGAUCGCCAUGGCAACGGAUGUUGAGGGUCUGUAUGCUGCUGUCAAGGCUCUCGUGUGCGUGGUCAAGAACAACAGUCCGGCAAUAGAAGAGAUGCAGAGAACCCAUGGAUACCAGAUCUUAGCAUACCUGCUGAAGAAGAAGAAGCAUCUCCUAAACAGUCACAUUCUCCAUCUGACCUUCUCUCUGGUUGGUACGAUCGAUAGUGGGAGAGAGUCGACGGUCAUCCCUCAUCAUACAGCAUUUGAAGAUCUGCUCUGUGACCUUGAGAUCUGGCACAAUGCCCCCAGUGAGAUCCAGCGCUCCCUCUUUGAGCACUUCCACGAGCUCCUGACAGACUCCAGCGAGGCGGAGAAGAAUCGACGGCUCCUUCGUCAGCUCCAGAUGGUCAACAAGCUCUUACUCCUCCUCCAGGACUCAUCACUGGUCAGCGGAACGGUCAAGGCUAUCGCCAACGUCCUGGGUGUGCUUCUCCAAGGAGUGCCACACCCUCCUGCUCUUCUCAUCUUUGGUCAGUUCUUGGCGUCCACCCUCCCGUCCGUUGAUGAGAAGUCCAUCACACCCCAGGAGCUACAGGAGUGGUCAACGUGUGAAUCAGAACCUUCUCUCAAGAGCUGGAAAGAUUCAGACAGCAUGUCAGAAGACUCCACAGCACUUGUCUCAGCGCACACUGUGUGCCUGAGAAACACCUUACUAGAAACUCUACUGAGAAUACUACAUUAUGUCAACUCGGGCAGCAUAAGUGUUCCGACAUGUGAUGAGGUGCAGCGAGUACUUGGUUUUGAUUGGCUCCUCCUCUUCCUACAAGGUCACCUUCACCCGACGACGGCCAUCAUCGCCCUGCGUAUCCUGAUAGCGAUGCUCAGCAACCAGACAACCAUCAACAAGUUCAGAGAGGGCCAGUCGGGAGGCGGAUGGUUGGAUCAGACGGAGCCAGUCCUUCAUAACAGAAUGAAAGUUGUCUUAGGUUUCAACGUUGGUAAGAGCAGUAAGAAGCCCCAGACUCGAGAGAUCAACCAGGAGGCAUGUCUUCUACCAGGGUUUCUCAUGCUACCGACCCUCUUACCAAGACAUGCAGACGUACCAGAGAUCUACUUCCUCUUGAUCGCUCUAGCACUGGGACAUCCUCCUAAACCUCUACCAGAUAAUUGUCAGUUGGAUCUGAACUCGAUGUGGCAGUACAUCUUUGGUGUUCCAGCCAGCCAAUCGGCCAGUGGAACCCUCUCUACCAACCUCUGUCCUGAUGCGGUCAUGAUACUGUUAUCGCAAGUCAGAGUCAUGCUAAAUCAGGCAUACGAUGAUGAAGAUGAGAAGACUAGCUGGUUACAGGAGUACCCAGUGACGUUGGUCCAGUUCUUACUCUAUCUCUACCACAACGUCACAGAGUUCAAACCAAUCUGUAUGAGUGGACCUUUCUUAUGUGGACUGGCGUCAACACUCUUCCCAUACCCUACCACGCACGGCGAUCAGAUGACUACUAUUCAAGAGGAGAAUACGUUACUGCUGGAUGAUAUGGGAGACCUUGCCUCUCCACUGGAUGACAUACAGUAUCUACCAGACCUGGAUAUACCUGGCCUUGGUCUCAAGAUUGAUAAUGGAACCAGCCAAGCUAACCUGACUGGCCAUCCAGCCAAGCGUUACGUGAUGGACUUCAUCAGAGUGAUUGUGGUAGACAGCCUGUCCUUGCCAAUGCCAAACCGCAGUCCAACAGUCCUUGACAUCAUAUUAGAAUCGUCUCCUGAGAGAGCCACACCUUGCCAGAUCAAUGAGUUCCAGACAGCCAUCCUAGCCAACCUGAUGGAGCGUCUGCUAGCCGGCGACGCCCUCCUCGGUAAGGAGAGCGCCCUACCCAUAGCCCAUGGGGGCUCCUACAACAACCUCGUCUCAAACAUCUUCUACUUCUGCUCAAGAUUGGUGGACAAGCUAUGGCUAGGUGUAUUCUCCCGGAAGUCCAAGGAAGUGUUUGAGUUCAUUGCCCAGCUCAUAGGACAGGCUAAGAAGAGAUCACAUGGGAUCCAGUUGGAUAACAUCUAUCACUGCUUGAAUAGGACUGUCCUGUAUCAGCUGUCAAGACCUCUAGAAUCUCUUUCUGACCAGGUAUCCCUUCUGGAAUCUCUGAGACAUAUCACAGAGAACAGGACGUUGCUGUUUGGACCUGUCAACUACGAGUCUGAAUUUAUAGGAUGUCUAUGCCACUGUCUCUUUGUACUUACCAAUGCUAGCAAUGGUGAUGGUUCAGCGGCACCUAGCAGCCUUGGUGAAGUGAGGCGGAACACGACAUGGCAUGUGAACCCUAUGAUCGAAGGCAACAAGAAAGGACAGCGUAAGAUAGAGGAUGAGAACUCAAAAGGCUCAGUCCAGGAGGGUCAGCUACUGGUCAGAAAAGCUGGCCGUAGGGUCUGGGAAGAUCUCAUCAUGGCUAAGAAAUCAGUCAUUGAGGAGAUCUUCAAAGUCACGCUGCCCAACUCGUCCGCUGGAACCAGGAAUACAGUGACUGUGGAUCUCAAGGUGGCCAGGGCUGCUAUGGGCGAUGCUGCAAGUAAGAUGUGGAAUAACUACCUGACGGCGGAGAAGAAGCUAUCGACCAGAGAGCAAGCUCAAACUAACCAGUCUAGACUAGCCAGUAAGGUGAUUGGUGGACUUCAGAUGUUGCCUUCACUCAAGAGCAAACGAGAGAGCGCCACCUUCAGGUUCAGUCUCAACUUCAUGCAGGAGGCUGCUAUGUGGACACACACCCAUGUAUUUAUUGUGAGAGAGCUGAUGGAGCUACAACAGAAGCAACAUGAACAGAGUCAGAGGCACUUGAUGCGGUUCAUGAAGGAGAAGUGGGAGCAGCUGGAACACGAGCUGAUGAGAGAGAGGGGGUUAUGGGGACCUCCCUAUGGUUGCUACCUGGAUAAGUGGAUGCUUGAUAUGACUGAAGGCCCGUCGAGGAUGAGGAAGAAGAUGAUCCGCAAUCCAGACUUCUACAUGGACUAUCCGUAUCUGGCAGAGAAUGAAAUGAUUCUCAAUAAGCCAUCUAAAGGCAGGAAGGCCAUAAGCUUUGACAGUAAGAAGUACAGCCAAUGUAAACAGACCAAGAACCUGCUGGAAUCAGCGCCAGGUAUCAGCCCUGGAGAGGGCAGCCUCUCAGAUCUUAACAUGGAGAGCGAUAAUAACCAGGAGGAGAUGAUGGAUGUGGAUGAUACAAGACCAGAUGUGCGAGCUUCUUCCAUAAUGACACGGCAGACCAGUACCCGUAACAACCAGGAUGAUGACGAUGACACGCCCGACAACGAAAAUCCAAACGACAAACCCCUGGAAGAGCAGAAGACUGAUAACCAGAUGGUCCUACGUCUGUUGGAGCAGGGAGAAAAGAUCCGUCACAUCUUCAGGUGUGCCAGAAUCCAAGGCUUGGACACGAUGGAGGGACUUUUACUGUUCUGCAAAGAUCACUUCUACAUCGUAGAUGGCUUUACACUGCUCAGCUCCAGAGAGAUAUGUGACAUUGACUCAGUACCAGACCAACAUCAAGACCCCAUCAUUCCAAGGGCCUCCAGAGGGCAGCGUUCAUUUGGCAAGAGAAUGUGCAGCAAAUUCGCUUAUGAAGAAAUCCGAGAAGUCCUCAAGAGGAGAUAUCUUCUGCAGCCUAUUGCCAUUGAAGUAUUCUCAUCUGAUGGGAGGAACCAUCUCCUAGCAUUCCCCAGGAAAGUCAAGAACAAGGUUUACCAAAGAUUCAAUGCUGAAGCAACCAGGUUAACAGAUGAUGCUGUGCAAUCAGUAGCAGGACAGAGUAAGAGGGCACAGGUAGAAGGAGGACCAAAUUUCCUGGGAAGCAUCAUUGGCAUGAAGUCUGUCACUCAGAGAUGGGAGCGAGGAGAAAUCAGCAAUUUCCAGUACUUGAUGGCAUUGAACACGUUAGCUGGUAGAUCCUACAACGACCUCAUGCAAUAUCCUAUCUUCCCAUGGAUACUGGCAGACUAUGAGUCGGAGGAAUUGGACCUGACGGAUUCUAGGACAUUCCGGGACUUGAGUAAACCAAUGGGAGCUCAGACGUGGGAGAGACUGGCUCAGUUCAGGAAGAGAUUCGAAGACUGGGCAGACUUACAAGCAUGUACUAGACCGUCGUGCUGGGUUUUAGAUGACACGCCCCCAUGUUACUACAGCACGCACUAUUCCUCUGCCAUGAUUGUAGCAUCGUACCUCAUCCGUAUGGAGCCAUUCACUCAGCACUUCCUCAGGUUACAGGGUGGCCAUUUUGAUCUAGCUGACCGGAUGUUCCACAGUAUCAAAGACAGCUGGCUGUCUGCAUCCAAGCAUAACACAGCGGAUGUGAAGGAGCUCAUCCCAGAGUUCUUCUACUUGCCAGAGUUUCUCACCAACGAGAACCACUUUGAUUUAGGUGUGAAGCAGAGUGGCAUCGAGCUAGGUGAUAUCAUCCUACCCCCCUGGGCUAAGGGAGAUCCUAAAGAGUUCAUACGCCUCCACAGAGAGGCUUUAGAGUGUGACUAUGUGAGCGCUCACCUCCAUGAGUGGAUCGAUCUCAUCUUCGGUUACAAGCAGCAAGGCAAGGAAGCUGAGGAGGCCCACAAUGUCUUCCACUAUCUCUUCUACGAAGGCAACGUGGAUAUCUACAGCAUCGAUGAUCCUCUCAAGAAGAAUGCUUUCAUCGGAGUCAUCAAUAACUUUGGACAGGUCCCCAAGCAGCUGUUCAAGAAGCCUCACUUACAGAAGCGAGUGAGUAACCGGGUAGGAGACAAUGCUGGUAACUCCAUCGCUAUCUCAAGGCUCUUCUUCCACAACCUGGACACACUCAGACCAUCAUUACAACCACUCAAAGAGCUGAAGGGUGCUGUUGGUCAGAUCCGUCAGGUGGACAAGUCCAUCCUGGCCGUAGAGCAGAACAAGACCCUCAUCCCUCCGGCCUACAACCGCUACCUUGCAUUCGGCUACGCUGACUACAGCCUACGCAUAGGCAGCUACGACUCGGACAAGGCAACGACGGUCGCUGAGGGCAAUGGAUGCGGAGAGGUGCUGUGUGCGGUCUGUCCCAACAGCAAGACACUGAUCACUGGAGGCAGUAGCACUGUUGUGAAUGUAUGGCAGCUUGAGAUGGGCAAAGAGAGAUCAAAACAGAUGACGCUCAAACAGGCAUUGUAUGGCCACAUGGGAGCUGUGACAUGCAUUGCUGCUUCCACAUCAUACAACAUCAUCGUCAGUGGAUCACGUGACCAAUCCUGCCUCAUGUGGGAUCUCAUACGACUGACCUUCGUCCGACAGAUGAGGGCGCUAGGAGCCCCAGUCACGGCAGUCUGCAUCAAUGAGCUAUCGGGUGACAUCGCAAUCUGUGCUGGAGUAUAUCUGUACGUUUGGAGUAUCAACGGAGACAUGAUUGCCAGUGUGAACACAUCAACAGGAAGGGAGCAGCAGAUUCUAUGUUGUGCAAUGUCUGAACUGGUUGAAUGGGACACACUAAAUGUUGUUAUCACAGGAUCCAGUGAUGGUGUAGUCAGGAUGUGGAGUGUUGAGUAUGUCCAGGUGCCUGAUGAAACCAACGGCAGAGGUGAGAAUGGCACCCUAACAAACACACUGGUAGACUCCAAGGAGAAGGCCAUCGAGGGUGUUGACCAGUCAGAGGACAGUCCCUCGGAGGAGGACAGUCAAAGUGUGGAGAGUGCAGGGUCCACACCUAGGAGGGACAACACGGACAAAUCCUUGACCGACUCGCUGUCCGAAGACUUCCGGGAUACUCUCUCAGUCAACAGCAACGUGUCCAGCGGACGUAGCUCCCCCGUCGUCAGGGACGAUAAGGAAGAGAAGGACGGGAGCGCAUCACAGAGGCUGAAGCCACCAGCGUCACUUCCCGUUGCCCCGCCCAGGAAACGGAAGCUGGAGAAGAUGGGGUCGUCGGCUAGCCUCUUGAGCAACAAAGAUGGUGCGGAAGAUGAGAGGACUCGGAACCAGGAUGUUGAGAAUGAUAAGAGCAGAGAUGAGCUGAGUAAGCAGUCAAGCAGCGAUGCUACUAGCCUGAGCAGCAGUGUCGGUAGCACGCCUACGGUACCUGAUGGAUCAUUGUUAACGGUUGGAGACGAGGCCCUGGGUGAUGUUCCUCUCAGCCCUUCCAAGGGGUACAUCAUGGUGACGGAGAACGACCUGAAAGGAUUUGACGAGGAUGAGCUGGAUAAGGAGGAACGGUCGGCAUCCCAUCGGAACAAGCUCAAACCUGGUUUCAAAUGGCAGCGUCAGCUGGUGUUCCGCAGUAAGCUCACCAUGCACACAGCGUUUGAGAGGAAGGAUAACUCCCAGCCUGCUGCUGUCACUGCCGUUGCUAUUUCAAGGGAUCACAUGAAGGUGUUUGUUGGUGAUGACCGUGGCCGAGUCUUUUCCUGGUCAGUGGUAGACCAGCCUGGCAAGGCCGCCGCUGACCACUGGGUCAAGGACGAGAGUGGAGAUAAUUGCCAGUCCUGUUCCUGCCGCUUCACUCUGACUGAGAGAAGACAUCACUGCAGGAACUGUGGAAAACUCUUCUGCCAAAGGUGCAGCCGCUAUGAAUCUGACAUCCCGCGACUGCGUAUCAACCGGCCUGUUCGGGUCUGUGGAGUGUGCUACGUACAGCUCAAAGCGCCCCUGUCAGUCAUGGAUGGGAACUCACACAAGAGUUGACCUGCCAUCGGCUCCCAAGCUUAAAGUAACGUUUGGAGAAUCGAUUCUCAAGUGACUGUUUGGACGCUACCUGUGUGAUUUGUAUGUGUGUGUCUCAAUCCUUCUUUAAGUGUGUGGAUGUGGAUGUGUUUACACUUGACCUAGGUUCAUACCGAUAUGUUAAGGUGUGGACAAAUCUAGGACUCUCUCUGUCUCUCUAAAUGAUAUGCAAAUAAAUGCAGAUGCAUUUAGUAAGAAUACAGAGUGAAGAAUAUUUAAAAUACAACCAACGUCAAGCCAUAGGGUAGAUGUCCAUCAUGCAGAAGAGAGAGAGAGAGAGAAAGAGACGGGAAGAACCACCAGUUUGAUUGGGAAGUUGAUUCAGACACUAGUUAUUGUUGGCAGUCAGUCACACAGAAAAUAAUGCAAUCUGGUCCAUACCAGUUUAAUCCAGUUUUAACCAACUUUGACCAGAUCACGUUUCUCAUCUGUCAACAUUCUAGUGACUUGCUUGGAGAUGAGAGGCCUGUGCUCAUGAGCAGAAGAUAUCAAUGUUUUGUGGCCCUGUAAACUCUCUCCCAAUCUGAUUGAUUACACAGCCAUGGUAUGGCAUAAUACUACUUGUGCAAUUCUUUGGCAAAGAUUAAUUCUGUAAAAAAAAAAAUACAAUUCUAUUGUCAGAGAGCCACAGACCAAAGACAAGAAGACCUGGAAAACCUUCAGAUAAUCUUUAAGUCAGCAUUUUGGUUCAUCAAUAUGUCGAUGUCACAAUACAUUUAUGCAUGUUGAUAUAGAUGUAGGGUCGCUCACUGUAUCAUGUGCAAUGAUUUGUCACGUCCAUCCGUAGAGAUUGGGUUAGCCAGUUGUAGAGGUACAGCAUCGUCAGGUCACAUUCUUUAGAGCAAAUGAUGUCAUUAAUCCAUUGACUACUGGAACCCUAUAGCUCCUGUAUUAAACCUAUGGGAACGAAAGUAUUCAUUAGUUGAUGGGUUAAUUAUGCUGAUCCUGUUUUUUCCUUCUUUUGGUAUAAACAUACAUGAAUAAGAAUACAAUGGAACCUGUCUACUAAGGUCACCUAAGAGAAUAAUAAUUUGGGGGUACGCAACAAGAGUCCUAUCUCGUACCCCUGGGAAACGUGUCCGACAUGGACAGUUGUAGCAACCACUCUGAAGAUCAAGAUUUAAUUUAGGAGCUUUGAAUAUAUCUUGAUCUAAGGAGACAUAAACAAACCUAAGAGAAACAAAUGUAGUGGCACUGGCCACUAUAGGCAGGUCUUACUCUAUAUGAAAUGGCAUUGCCCUCUAUUGAGACAGAUUGUUCUUUGUCUGUUUGACAAAGCCAGUAGGACAUUAAAGUAAUAUCAUUAAAUACAUAGUUAAUGUCCUUCUGACCCUUACCAGACAGUAGAGACCUAACAUGCGUUUUAAGUGUGAUUGAACCUAGAGGUCCAUAUGCUUCUUAUAAAGUGAAAUCUGAGAUUGGGUCUAAAGUCACAUUUAACCAAAGGAAAUAUUGGACCUUGGACUUCCUUCCUUUGGUCAUUUUCUUUUAGGAGAGUAUGGGUCAAAAGAUUUUUCAUGCACAGUACUUGUCAGCUCUCAACUACAAUAUAUUUCUCUAGAGGCGUUCAUUCUAUCCCCAUGCCCGUAUAUCGAACAUGUACUGUACAUGUAGUUAAUACAGUCAAACCUGUCCAUUAAGACCACCCUAGGGAAAAUGCGGCCACUGUAGACAGGUGGUCUUUCUAGACAGGUUCUACAACACACAUUUGUUUGUUGAGGGGAGACAAAGUACAUGGCCACUACAGACAGGUGGUUAUUAAGAGGUGGCCGCUAAGACAGGGUUGACUGUACAAGUAAAAACAAUUCUUUAAAAAAAUAGAUUUGUAUUCAAGAAAUGGACGUGAUCAUGUUCACUUUCCGUAUUAUUUUGACUCUUGCCAUUACUCUACGAUCCGCUUCAGAUCGUGUCCUACCAUAUAAUAUGCAAUUCUAAAUGAUUUGAACCUAUGCGUAAAUAUAGACUACUGAAGGGCAAAGAGGUGAUAAAUAGUGAAGCUUUGAGUUUGAUGUUGAUUGAGUGGGAGAGCUAGAUUAGACCAGGGCCCGUUUCACAAGACUUGUCAUCAGUGACAAAUGACAGUCUUUGUUGUAAGCUACUGAUAAUCAAGGUGAUAUCAAUCGUAACGAUGUAUAAAGAGAUAAGAGACUGUAACUUGCAAUUGAUUGUAGGACUUGCGAUUGAUUUGGAUCAAUCGCAACUCUAUAUAAAAUGAAUGAAUUUUUCAGCCAAUAUCACAUGGUGAUAUCUGAAUGCUUUUGCCAAACUGAUAUAGAAAAACAAAGUAUAACAGGAGGUGGCGAAAUUCAACAUGAUAGUUCUGAUGCUAUUUAGUGUGUCUUUUCCAACAUUUCAUAUUUGAUCUAUGCCCAUUUCAAUCUCAAGAAAAUGGUUUGGAAAAUCACAAAUAAUACCUUUAACUGUAUUUCGCCUAUUGACUAUAAGACGCAAGUAAUGUGUGAUUUAUAUCCAAUAUAUUUGAGAAAUAUUGUGACAAUUCUAACGUCUUUAGUGGUUUUGGCACCUUGUUUGUUUUCUAGCUUGACGACAGUACUUCGAACCAAGGAAUGCGUCUUUAUAUCAAAUGCCAACAAGUCAACAAGUGCAAUUUAAUUUCAGAAUUCUUGUAAUAAUAUCUUCCUGUCUUGUGGAUAUAUAGUAGCUUUUGAAGAUUAUAUGAACAUCAUACUUCAGUUCAUAUUUGUACAAAGUUUUGCACCAAUAUGAUUUACUUUUGUUCCAUUUUUAUUUUUACAUCAGUUUUGUAUUUUUUUUCCUUUCUUACUUUUCAAAGGCAUAUUCAUACCUGAGCAUAUACAGUACUACUUGCUCUCAGAUUAAGUUUGCAACAUGAAAAUGUCACAGUCAUGUUACAACUUCUGCGUGAUAACGUCUGCAAUUGCUUGGUAAAAUUGUAUGGUUGCAAUUUGUGUGCUAGUAAGGUUGCCAGACAUUUGGCACAAGUCAAACAAUUUUUAUCAUUCUAUCCCAUCUUGCUUUUGGGCUUUUUCCCCCUGUAAUUGCACAGGCAUUUAAUACCGCAAGGCACUAGCCUGAGGCUCUAUGCCCGGUGUCUUUUUUUUUAUCCAGACACAGAAAUAAUAUGCACCUGGAAAACAUAUAAAAAAUUGGUCCCUGCAUAUAUUCAUGGAUGACAUCCAAAUAUAGCGGGAAAUGAGGUUAAUCUGUGAAAAUUUUUAACUAGGGUUUCAAAGAUGUUUUCCUGGGCAACUAAUGAUGGUGUAAUACAAGCACUGCUUGGAGUUGUAGGUGAUAGGAACUUUAAGGUUUAGAGACAGAGACGAAGAAAAGCUUUUGGUCUUAGGGUUGAGACAAAAACUGACCAUCAAAAACCUGAGACCGAGACUGGAUUUAUUUGCUUAAACACUGUUUACAAAAUUAUAAAGAAAAAGAAAUCUGCAGGUUAUAAAUUUGAAAUGAGACUAUUUUUUACUGGUUCACAUCAUGGACUUUAAGGUCAUUCAUUCAAUGAGGAAUAGAAACACAGGAGUUAAUGUCCUUUUUACUGUUUGCUGAUGGUAUUUAUGAUAAAACUAGUGUGUCAGAACAUAGUCUACUAUUCUUGAAACUAGUCAAUCCAUCCACUUUUUUGGUUUUAUUUUUUGUCACCAGUUGGAUAAGGUUGAGCUGAAAUGGUGAUGGUGAAAAAAAUGACUUUACAAUGCACGUCAGAAAUCAUUGAAAGGUAUCUCCUUUUUACCAACUUUCAAAUGUUUGGAUUCAUUUUGUAAGAUAAGAAGACUAUAAACAACAGGAUAUUCAUGGCCUGCUGUUUAUAUCCUUUAAUAGAUGCUAUGACUUUGACCCGUUACUUGGGAAGAAAUAUUCCUUUUUUUUUUUAAUCGCUGCUUAAGUUUUGAAGAAAAACAAAACGCAGUGUUAUGAUAUCAAAGUGCAAAGAUUUGUGCCAUUGUAAAAAUUAAUUAGGAGUAUAAUGUAAAUGUCAGCAUCAAUCAAACUUUCUUUUGAUUUACUGCUUCAAUGCCAAAUGAUUCUAAGAAGAUAAAAUGAUGAUGAAUUAAAAAGUGAUCAUCUUGUGCCAUAGAAGCCACACAGAGAUUCCCAAAUAUGUAAUACUGUGGUGGUGUUGUUUUUUAAAUCAUUUUAUUUUGCGUUUAUAAAAAAGAAGGAUUAAUUGUUCCAACUACCAUGUAGGGUAGUGAGCAAUGCACAUUGCUGAAUAAAUAAAGAUGUGUGCAGAGCCAGAAGGUCGUUAGCGUUCAUCAUUUUACUUACAGUUAACGUCCUUUUUUCACAAAGCAGAAAAAUCAUUAUUUGUAGGACUUUGAGAAAGAUAUAGUAGGAGACAUAAACUGAAGGAUGAAUUUGAUUAUACAGACUAGACUUUAGUUGAUAUCACUUGCAAUAGCACCAUGUUUUUAGUCGAGAAUUAGUUCAAUGAUGUAUCCUAAGGUACUUUCUGAGUGAAAGAUGAAGAUUUUGAAUCAUGGCUUCUUCCUAAUUUACGUUUGCAAGUAUAUUUUUGUUGAGGGGAAAAUUAAAUUUCCUUCGUUUCAAAAAGCAUAUCUAUCGAAGCAAUACUACGUUUAAGCUUGUGUGUAUGACAUUUUGUGUAUUCGUACGGUGUACAAUGUAUAUUCCCACGGCUGCAUUUAAGUACCAUGUGCUAUUCACUGGCCUAUUCUCUGCUAGGUUGGUGGUGUAUAGGAGACAAUCAUUGUUGUACCUCAAGGGUAUGUACCACCACCUUAUUUGUUCAGAGCCAGAAGGGGUUAACUCUGUGUUAAAGUAUACAGGUUAACGCCCUUCUGGUUCCAAACAGACGAUUGGGAAAGCAAGUGUUAAGGUGGCCAUGGGAAAAGGCCACAAUCUGUGAUCGUGUAACAUAACUUGUAACAUUUGUAAUAUAACCAGAUGCAUUUUUUUAUUUCUCCUCAAAGCCUUUCCUUUUUUAUUCAUUUUUUUUAUGUUACCCGAUGUACCUGUUGAUCCUUAUUGAUUUUGCAUCGACCAUUGUACAUAUUUCUGUGAUAGUAAGAUGUUUGUUUAUAUCUAUAUAUAUUUGAAGAGAAAGUAUCCAUUUUUUCAUAUCAUUUUUGAGCCACCAGCAACCUUGGAUUAUUUGUAAUGUAUGUCAGAACGUAAUUUGGUGGUAUAUUUGGUAUUGUGCAAAUAAUGAGUUCAUGAUUAUCAUGACUGAGAGAGAAAUAUAUAUGAUUAUAUUCUAUGGUUAGUAUUUAUUAGAAUAGUAGAUAUUUUCUAAUUGUUUUACUUGGAAAAUGGCUUUCAAGUUAUUGCCUCCACAGACUUGCCAUGCAGAUUAUGAUUUCUGUCUAUUUGAUAUUCUGCUGAUGGUAAAAUCAGUUUAAUUAGGCUUCUUACAGCUAGAGGUACACCUGACCUAUCUCAUUCCCAUCCCAUAUCUGCUUACCACAGAUUCCUCUUUCCUCUUGGGAAGACAAAAUCCUGGCACAAAUCACGCAAUCUCAACUUCUUUCAUCCAUGCUCUCGAUAGAAAUGUAUUCACAUUUGAUCUUCACCAAUACAAAAAUGAUUGCACAAACCACUGUAUAUGUUCUUGUCAGGGUUCUGAUGUAGUCCUGUAGAUUAAAUUGAUUUCUUGACUUGCUCAAAUAUGUUAGAUAUUAUAUUCUACCGAUUAUCAAGUCUUUCAAGAACUGUUACGUAUAGUUUCACAUACAACCACAAUUUAGAACAGACUAGAAACAGGCUUAAAACGAACAUACUACAUAUACAUGUAUGUCACUAUAAUUAAAUUACUGCUGACAUGUAUAUAUGUACACAAAUAAAGAUAGUUAAUAUUUAAAAUAAGCAUCGUAAAGGAGAUCAAAUAAACAGAAACAUAAAGUGAAGCAUCAAUGUGAUGCAUAGAGGGAGUCAAAAGAGAAGAUGAUUCUCAUCUUUAGUGAAAAUCAUUUACGUUACAUUAAACAAAUGAUAGGGAAUUUUUUUUUAAUUUGUACACUGCAUUGGAAAGAAAAACAGAGAGAAUGCGUGUGAUAGAAAAUAAACCAUAAAGUUAAAUACCCAAACCAAACAUUAAAAUGAACAUGAUAGAUAUUGUAUCAUAUUCAGCUAAGCCAAGAAACAUCACACUUACAAACAAACAAUCAAGAAUUAAAACUUAUGUACGAUUUCGGGUAUAUGAAAUUGAAAUUAAACCAUAUUCAAACACCUAUAUGUAUCAAUCCCCUUUAUGAUAAGUAGGUGAUACUAUACAUUUUCAUUAUAAAAAAAAGUAACUAACAAGCAUUUUUUUUAGUGUUGAUUCCAUCAUUGUUUUGAUUAUGCACUUUCAUUUUUAAAACCUCCACACCACACACUUAGGAGCACAAUUGAAACGAGCUAAAAUAUUUGCUUAUACAGAUGUACAUGUCUGACUUCUCUAAGAAUAAAACUUUACAUGUAUAGUUAAUAUAAUACUGUGGUAUUCUAGAGAAUGCACAUUCCCUUUCCCAACUAGAAAAAUAUUUUCUUCAUAAAGUUUUACACUUCUCAAGUUUAGAUUCAUAAUACAUCUGUACGUACCAUGCUUUUUUGAUACCGUCUACUUAGAGUCUUACUAUAACCUAGCAGUAUUACUGUCUAUGCCCCGCUCUUGUUUAUUUAUCAUUACGUGUAAAAUAUAUAUUUAUAAAUUCAAACAAUAUUAGUAGAUUAAAUGAAGGAUACAAGUGCACAAAGAAAUCUGCUGGUGAAGGAGGCUGUGGAUAUUUACCAUGGCCUCAAAAUUCCAUAUUUUGCUGAUAAUUUUUAUUUUUAUUCAUGUUCCUGCAAAAUCUCUUUAUUUCAUCGAAAUGUGUCACAAGUUCUGAUUAUCAUUCCUUGCAAUGUAGUGUCAAAUACUGCCUAGUAUUUUCUCCAGACGAGGAGAUAAGAAAUGUAAGCUAUUUCUAUUGUAUAUCUCUUGUUGCUCAUUUUGAUUAUGGUCUUUGUUUGUGUAAUCUCAAACACGAGGUAAUACAAGUAUCUAAAGUUAUGAAUCCCCAUGUUCAUUGUGUAUUAGGGGUUGUACACCACACAUGCCACAGUUAUUAUGCACAAGUUGCAAUUUCUUGGCAGUGUGACUAAGUAAAGCUGUCAUGUUUGUAUAGAUAAUAUUGGUACCUGUACAUAAUUGUGCUUGUAAAUAGAAUAUAAAUGAUAUAUUGUUUGGUGGUAAGGUAUAAUUGUUGUAAUAACAAAGAUAUAUACUCUACUUGAAAUAAGGUUAUCAUUGUGUCCAAAGACCUGGUUUUAUGAAGAAGAAAAAAUGAAGUAAUAUUGAUUUGUUUGUGAUGAUGAUUCUUUUGUGAUAAUGGCAUACGUUUAAUUGGCAUUAAUAUAAGUAUGGCUUAUGGAUGUAUGUUGAUGAAUUAUGUAUGUAAUAUUGUAUAGAAUGGAUUUAAAGUUUUAUGUGCAGAUGUUGCUACAAUAAAAAUGGAUUAAAUGACCGAAAUGGUUCUCAAAAAUAA